AAAAUAUUUUUUCUGGCUUGUUUAGAUUUCGACUAUUUAAUAUCAUCAGACUCUCAAUUAUGGCCACUAAAAGUUCGUAACAUCCAAAACGUAGUCGUAGUCCACCUAAUUGCAAGGCCAUACUAGAAGGUAGACCGGCCGAAGCAAUACCGUAAAUUAGCAGAAAAAAACGACGGCGAAGGGCGACGUCGGCGAGUAAUCGAAGCAAAUAGGAGAGACAGAGUACUGAAGGAAGGAUGGGUUCGGCAGCAGCAGCCAUGGAUGGUCACAAGGUGUUCGUCUACGGCAGCCUCAUGGCCGAUGAAGUUGUUCACGUCCUGCUGAACCGCGCCCCUCAAUCCUCAGCCGCCAUCCUCAAUAACUAUCACAGGUUCAGCAUCAAAGGGCGGGUUUAUCCGGCAAUUCUACCAAUCGAGAACAAGAGCGUUUCUGGUAGAGUCCUGUUUGGGCUCACCCAUCCUGAGCUUGAAAUCCUCGAUACGUUCGAGGAUGUUGAGUACGAGCGUCACACUGUUGAAGUUUCACUCCCGGUGGAGAGGAAGCUACAAGUGAAUGCCUAUGUCUGGGUGAACAAAGACGAUCCUGACUUGUAUGGAGAGUGGGAUUUUGAGGAGUGGAAGAAAUCACACAUGAGUGAUUUUGUGAAGAUGACGGCAGAAUUCAUGGAAGAAAUCCAGCAGCCUGAUUCUAAAACCAGAGUGGCUACCUAUGAAUCUUUCUACAAUGCAGCAGAUGGUGGCACCAAUCCUUCUUCUUCUAACUAGCUCUGUUGGAUGGAUGAACAACAAUGAAUUCCCGCCAUUGCGAGAUCAAUCUAGUUAAAUAAUUCGAUUCCUUUCUGAACUAUCACUUGUGACUGGGUUCAACUACUUGGUUGUUUGGCAAUCAGACAGUCCAUGAUGUUUAGAUAGGUGUAAAGUGUGUGUGGAAGCCCUCAUGACAAGAUAUGCUUCAUAUUGAAUGUCCAAAAUGUAGUGGUGUUAUGAGUGGCCUGAUCUUCAAAAGCAUGCAAUUGCAUGUGCUGCAUAUGUGAUUUCCCUUUGAUUGAAUCAAGCUUGGAGUUCAAUAAGAUGUUUGAAUAAAAUUGAAGGUAAAAUGGAAGAGAAAGUCUGCACAUUUGUGGUUAAAAUGAUGCUUGAGGCUAUGUAAAUGGCUAAAUUCUUCUGGUGGAUAUCUUCUUUUUCUUUCAGAUUGUUUGAACCUGCUUAAAGCUCCAAUCUAUCAUCUCUGUCUUUCACCCUGGUAAUUUCGUGCUUGGAUUGUUGAUAUGAAGGAUGUCUUCUAUGGGAUCGUUUGGAUCACAAACACAAGCUCGUCACUCUCUUCAUUCAUAUUGAAUCCAAAUCCUUGACUCAAUUACACUAUUUUAACACGAUUGAUUUCCCCUAAAAAAUUCUGUACAUUUGUGGCUCAAUCCUUGGCCUCUACAUAUGAACUACAUCGCUUUGAAACAACUAGGGAAAAAACUUUUAACAUUUUGUGAAUCCUCUAUCAUUGACCGUAAGUUGUAUCAUUUUUACAGCUACAUCCCUUUCGGUUAAGUGGAAACUACCAGCAUUUGUAUUGUAACACAGCACCAGUUAAACUACAUAACAGGUGAUCAAGCCGGUAUGGAAUUAUCAAUCAUUCGCACAAGAUGUCGCAAUACUGUACUAUACGCUUGAUCGACCAACGCCAAACACGCUUUAACAUUAAAAGCAAAAAACUUGUAUAACGAGGGUUUGUUCAUCCUUCUCAAUUUAAUGAAUACUUUAACACAGG